GGGAGCUCCGGUGGAGCUGAACUGCCCGGACCAACACCUCUCCGCACUCGACUAUCCACCGAACGUCUCAAUCCUCGAAACCACUUGGUGCAUUCAAUGUCUCCAUGUUGGACUAAUCGGAAGUACUUUAUUCCCCAAUUUCAUUCGCUCUUCUCCUCGGAGCGUCUCUACGGAGCGUGAGCCGCCCAGUGAGACGCGCGCCUUCGGGGCCGCAUCAUAACAAAACCGAUCCCCAACGACACGAGAAAAUGGGCGACGAACCAUGGCUCGACAGCCUGUCCGACGACUGGCCAUCGGCGCCUGCGACUCCUACGACGCCGGGACCGUCCAAGAACAUCCUCGCAUCCUCUCCCCGGCGUGCGCAGGAUUCCCCCAGUCGCAUUCCAGUGGCCGCCCGCCGAUCCGUGGCACAACAGUCAUCCCCGGCUGAUAACCUGAAAAAGGUGACCCGACCAUGUCAUUUCAUUAGGAGAGAACCGCCGACUCCCAAGACCCCUCGAACUCCCAGAACCAGGACGCCCUCGAAGCCAACCUCUACGACUCCCGCGAAAUCCAGAACAAACACCCCAAAGCCCUCUCCGAAGCCGUCCCCGAAGCCGACUCCGAAGCGCAGCCCGAGACCCAGCUCGGGUGCGGCGGGCAAACAACCGGUAAAUAUGGACACGCGCUCCCCACUACGAUCGGUGUCGAAUAUUUCUAGCCAAUCUGGUCCCCAGUCGGGCUACCAGAGUACGGAUACUGUGCAAAUCAAGCCAAAGAAAGGUCGAGAUGGAGGAGGAGGAGCUACACCAGAAUGGCGGAAGCGCCUGGUGCGCGGGGAGAUUUCGGCGGGCGAACAACGCGACCUGUUUGCGCCAAUGGGCCUCGAGAGUGUCUUCAAGCCACCAACACCUGGCUCGGGAGCCGGUCAGCAAGAUUCCAUCCCAUUUGCGAGACAGGACGACCACCUGUGGGAGUUCACUGACGCGGCUUCUCGGCGUGGGAGCGCGACGGAAGAACCAGUUGACAACAAGAGUGCGCCAGAACAGCUUAAUGCUGACUUUUCAGGCACUGGCAUGGAAUCGCCUAUGGGCACAGUCAACCGAACACCCUGGGCGGGGAGACCGCCAUUCGAUACGGACUUGAUCCAGGAGGGGCAAUCACAAGGAGAAGACACAGGGUUGCGUUCUGCUAGCGGACUCGAGGAUCUUCGCAAUGAGGGCAUAACACCGAUCACUUUCACAGCGCCCAAUACCCUUGAAGGCGGAGCCCCGUCGGAAGUAAUCAAGUCUGCGCUGAAGCAGGUCACUAACAAACUUGAGGGUUUGUCAAUAGAUCCUCACAGCCGGCCCGAUUCACCGGCUAGCGACAGCUUCCUUUUUUACAACCACAGCGAACCCCGAUUCGACGGCUCACCGCGAGAUGACAGCCUGUUGGAUGUGACGAGUCACUCCUUGCCGCAGGACCUGUCGAUGGGCACGGUCGACUUUAGCCGCCGCGGCGCCAGUCGUGGUUUCCACCAUCGAUUCUCUCCUUCCCCCUUCUCUUCCCACCGCAAACUGCCCGUAUCCCUUGCAAACACCAAAAUCCGGAGCUCUCCUCUUUUCGGCCGCUCCCAGACCAACGGAUCGCCCGCCCUACCUCGCCCUUCUUCCUCUCACGUUCGCCCUUCAACCUCCGGGGAUGCUGCAUCGAAGGAGGGAACCAUGCCGUCGUCAGGCAGUCCCCUAAAAUUAUUUGGUGAGCAUGAUACUUUCACAAACAAUCGACUUUUGCGACGCAUGAGUCAGUUUGAAGAAACCUUUGGCGACGGUUCAGACGGGGACGAGCCACCUUCACCUUCGGAGGAAGCCCGUCGUAAAGGCGAAAGCCGUAGCUUUCUCAAUGCCCGGCACGAACCACUAAGUGAAAUCUCAUCGAGACUGAACGAACGGCUAGCAUCGCGAAAUGCGAAUCGUCCUCGGAUAAGUCGAUUCGGAGAUGGAGAACUCGACAAAUUUGACUUCUCGGACGCCAGUCCUUACGAGAACAAAUUGGUUUAUGACGAAGUUCAAGGAUUUGGAUCUCGGCCUGCUUCACGGAAGCGAUCGUCUGGUCGACAGCAAUACCUACGACGGCCAUCUCAGAAGCUCGAUUCUUUUCGUUAUGCGAGGUCUGCCAGCUCUGGCUUCACUCGAAAACCAUCGGCUUGGACAAGGCAGAGCUAUUUCGAUCACCAAAGAAACUUUACAGGAUCAUCACAGCCCGGUGGGAAAGAGAAUGUCGGAUUUCCUGAAACAAAACGAGUACCCAAAGCAACACGCGCGGAUCCACGCUCUAAACGCCGCCGAACAAUAUUGCGAGACGACAGUGCCGAGGCUAAAAACCCGCAAACCACGGGUGACUCACCAUCAAAAUUCGGAGAGAGCAUGUCGUUGCUGCAGAGAAGCCUGUUGCAGCAUGGCAUGCAAUUUGAGAAUGGAGAUUACCUGGUGCCUCCGGGUAUCGCGCACUCUAUGCAACGUCCAAGAACCCCGACUCCAAGUCAAAUUCGAUCUUCUCACGAAUCAAAGAUUGCACCGAGUGGAGCAUACUCGGAGACGAACUUCGACGAGCGUGAUUAUUCGGAUUCCUUUUCUCUCGAGGGCGACAUUCCUCUCGUGAAGAUAACAGGCACUAGCGAGUCGUCUCGAAAGGGGUCCAUAACGACCCAGGAUUACCUCAACGAGGCUACGAAGAUUAUGGACUUGAUCCGUUCCAAGGGCCGACCGGCAGCGGGAUUGACGAGUGUGCAGGAAUCUGACCCGGACAGCGAAGAAGGGGAUCUGAGCUACGAAGACGAAUCCACGCGAGAGGCCUUCUCUCGCCCUCCAAGCCGGGAUGGGACUGAUUUGCGAAAGCAGCGUGAGCCGAAAGAGUUGAACCCACAGAUUCUCAACUACCUGAAAAAAUAUCAAGAAAGAGAGGAUCUGGAAUUUGGUGCGAACGAGUCCGUCAUGUCAUUGCAAGCUGAUGGUCAGCUCAAGCCGACCAACAAGCCAUCCCGAGGACUGGCGCCCGAGCAGAGGAAGCGAAAGACUAGCGGAUCAAUGUAUGACGUUGUGGAGGAUAUCGCUCAUGAUUUGAUGACGAUAAACACGCAAAUGUCCGGUUUCAGCAUUCGCUCAGUUCCAACCGGAUCUUCGCAGAACUCUCAAGCAAAGGGCAUGUUGUCGUCGGACCUCGUGUCUCAUCUGAUUCCAGAACAGGUCAACGGAUUUGUGUAUGACCGAUCGAAGCAUCAGUGGGUGAAGGACGAUGCAGAAUCGCCGGAACCCGAGACUGUUCACCCAGACGACCCUGAAGACCCUUUCCAGGAUAUUCCCGACUUGAGUGUGGAUGAACUUCAAGAAAUGAUGCGAGUGCAUGGUCUCAGUUCUCCUGCAAAGAGUCAGGCUGGAGACCAUACGGACAACCAACGUCAAUCACCGAGUGCAAGCGCGUCCCCCGCAAAAUCUGAUCAGCGACCUCAGACUGGGGAUGGAUCUGUCAAUGCAAGCUCUGCGCACUCUCGGAAUACACCCUUCACAUCGAGCGUGCCUAAUUCAGGGACUCGAGCUACUUCAUGGGGGACGGAGGAGAUGCCCGAAAAGAAUCGCCUUCCGGGCAAGUCCUCUAUACGAGGCGUCACUGCAACCACCCCUGGGCAACAGCAGAAAAAGUCUCGUGUUGCGACAAUCUCCUUCUCGUCGCCUCUUGUUUCACAUGUCGCGUAUCGAGAUGAUCCGAACGAGUCAGAAGCCAGCUCUCAGCAGGGCGAUUCAAAGCAUGAGUCCUCAGGCGAUGAAAAGGGGGGCACUGCACGCUCUUCGGUGCCUCCGAGACCGCGUGGAACUUCAGUUGCAGGGCAGCCAUUUGUCCGAAGACCCGUUUCAAGAAUCGACGAGCGGAAUGAGGAUGGGGGAGAUGAUCUCAGUCUUGUCCGGUUGAGUGAUUCACCAGGUGUCAAAGAUGCAGCUGCUGUAAAUGCCGCCGAGCAAUCGCUAGUUCGUCUUCUAUCCCCCGAACAGGAAAAUAGCUACAGCUUCCACCUCAGCCCGCUGCCAGAUUUCUCUGUCAAUCAACCGGAUCGUCCUCUGAAUCUUGAGAUGAGCUAUGUGGCCCAGAGAACGAACCCGACCUCUCUCAGGCAAGUACAUGGAACGUUUGCACUCGCAACAGAAGACUUGAUCAAGCAUAUCACGGAUGUGGAGCCCUAUGAGCCAUAUUGGGAACAUGUUCGUCGCCUGGUGCUGCGACAGAAGGGCCUGAUCACCUUGCACAAGUUGAAUCACUUUUGUCCCCGGCUGGAGGAUCUUGAUGUUUCCGACAACGACAUUGGCCAAUUGAGUGGCGUUCCCCCAACCCUCCGAACCCUCAAAAUCCCCAGGAAUUGCCUGUCCAACCUCACUCCGUGGAGCCACUUGAUCAAUCUCCAAUACCUGGACAUCUCUGGGAACGAAAUCGAAACUCUGGAUGGCUUCUCCAGUCUCAUCCACCUCAGAGAGUUGAAGGCAAAUGACAAUCAAAUUCGCAACAUCGACGGGAUCCUGGAGUUGAAUGGGCUGUUGAGCUUGAAACUAAGCAACAACUCGAUGACGACUGUAGACUUUGAAGGGACUGAGCUGACACGACUUCGAGAUCUCGACUUGAGCCACAACUGCUUGAGAUCUGUUCGCAAUCUUGAGUGGCUGCCAUCCCUUGCGACUCUGGAUAUAAGCUCCAACCAACUCACUCGAUUCGAGUCUCCGACGUCGCUUAUCAGCCUUCGCGCCCUCAAGUUGUCCGGUAACCGAUUAGACGUGCUUGACGUGCAAAAUUUCUCAUCCGUGAACCUUCUCUACCUCGACCAGAAUUGUCUGUCUACUAUUGCUGGGCUGGAGUAUUGCCACAAUUUAGAUGUUCUCUCAGUCCGCGAGCAGACCCCUGUCACUCGAGACGAUCCCAAUUUUGCUCUUAAUAUCGACCUGGGCCUGGUGAAGGACAUUCGGAAAGUGUUCCUUUCGUCCAACAAGCUCUCUCGUGGGUCUAUCACCCCGUCCACCCCUCUAUUACGACUUCAACUUCUCGAUAUCGCUGCUUGCGCACUGAGUGCCCUUCCCGCCGAAUUUGCCUCGCGCUUUCCCAAUCUCAAGGUGCUGAACAUGAAUUUCAACUCGGUCGCGGAGCUAGAGCCCUUGGUAGGCAUGAACUGCCUCUCCAGGCUGACCGUGGCUGGAAACCGACUCGCGAGAAUGCGACGCGUUUGUCAAAUCUUGAGUCGUCUUGGAAGAACGAGCAAAGGAAACCCUUGUUCGCUUCGCAAGCUUGAUAUGCGGGGCAACCCUCUUACGAUCGGCUUCUAUCCACCGGCUCUCACCGGUAAUGGAUCGAAUACAGACCGUAAGAAAUUGAAAGAUCAAGCCAACGCAGUCAUCCCGCAAGAAGAUCAUCGCCGCGACCUUUCUGAUGCUCUCGCUGAUCUCGACCACAACAAUCAAGUCGCUCAUGCAGUAACCUGGGAUGACGGCUCUAAGCCCGAUCGUGAAGUGGACAUCAAUGAUCCCUUCACCCUUCCACCUGCAGAUGCACGGGCGGAUGAAAAAUACCUCCUUCGUCUGGAUCGUGCUACUCGUAUGCGACGAAGUGUACUGGAACUGCUUCUCUAUGCUGGAACAAGUGGAUCAUUGCACAAUCUUGAUGGGCUGGAGCUGCAGCCAUCAUUAGGCGAAAAUAACCCAGACAUGGGUCAAGCCUGGGCGAAAUUAGAGGAACUGGGCGUUCUUCGCCGAAAGGCGACUACAAUUAAGGAUUAAACACUUGGAACUGGACUUGCAUCUCAUGGCUUAGGGAAAGGGGGCUGGAUUCCCUUUCGAACAUGCAUGGUUGGCAGGGGGGGAUGAUGUGGUCGUAUAUCAAUUUUUGGGUUGGUUUGGGUCGGAGGUGGUCGCAUUUUGGUGUUUGGUGUCUUCCCACGCAACAUGCAUGAUUGCAUUAUUGGAGUUUGAUUUUUUGAACGCUCCUUUGUGAGCCCUGAAUACUAGCGACAGCGCCUUAUCAUUUAAAUUUAGAAUCUUUCGUUCCUGCGGCUCCGAGUUUUGACCGUAACGGAGAAUGAGCCCCGGAGGAUUCGAUAGAGGAAUUUACCUGCAGAAGGACCACCCCUACGAGUACGUAUUAUACUCAGAAAGGUUUAGGUCUUGGCCGAUUGAGAGAAAGUAAACGUCACACCGUG